AUGAACAAACAAAUCCUCUGUAUUGACGUCUCGUUUAUGUUAUACAUAAUGAUGGAAAGAUAUGCGUUUUAUUUGGAUGCUCUCUCAUUGCAUCAAACGAACAGUCUUUCCGUUGAUGAAAGAAAUGCAGCAAUCCUGAAGGACUCGGAGAUCUGUGUCGAUCACUGUCUCGCUUACAUCUAUGCAGAUAUUUCCGCCCUUCGCCAACUCACAGAGAAACUCCGCCUAUUGGAGGAAGCCAAGCGCAAUCACCGAGCAAUCCUAUCCCCCAUCAGUACCCUUCCCCUCGAAAUUCUGAGUGGUAUCUUCUUCUAUGUCACUAGUGAUCCCACCGACAUAUUUGAUCCAAAUCAUUUAACAUGUGCCAUUAGCAAGAUCUGCCAGCUGUGCCGGUCUGCCAUCCGAGUCACAGCUCUUUGUCCAGACAUAUGGACGAAGCUAUUGAUUGGUUGCGAAAGUCAGGAUGGUGUGGAAAUACAUGAAGAUGGUGCUCUCUUGAUGCAUCAUUAUCUUGGUCAAAUCAACGCAAGCUGGAAAUCUCGACGACUGAUGUAUCCUUCGAUUGGAGAGCUCCAAAAGACAAUCUGGCCGCGUUUGACUAUGUACGCUGAGCGCUGGCGCUUCCAUUGGAAUGGAUGGACGACACCAAGAAACGGUACGCCGAGGUGGCGGGAAAGGUCUACAACCCGGAUGCAAUGCCAGGACAUCGGCCAGUACAUUCUUGUCUUCGGGAAACUCAACAUACAACCAUUGACGACGUAA